AUGCUGCUGGGGGCCGCCUGGCUCGUGUCACCGCCCAUUCAGUUUCAGUGGGACAGCGGCGGACCAAGUCUGGCGUGGAGACCGUGCAACGAAGAUCGAGCGCUCCAGUUGGACCGCCAGGAACACAGCCUUGCUGGAAGCUGCAAGUCUGGGAGCUGCGCCACGAUGACCGCCUUUUGGCCCUAA